GGGUCCCCAGAUCCCUCCCCACCUCGCACCCACCAACAGGUUAAACUCCCCAGCGCCCCGUGACUCUGUUUACCACCCAGGAGUUAUUUAUAGGGCCCCUGGCUCUGGGAUUUGAUUCCACAUCCGUGUGUGGGGCACGGCCCUAUUUAUAACCCCCCAGGCACAGGGCGCCGGUCGCUGUCCCCCUGAUCCCCCAGACCCCCCGAUCCCCCAGACCCCCCAGUCCCCCUCAUGGCCCACGAGACCUUCCCCUUCAGCUCCUCGGCGCUGCGCUCGCUGCGGCUGCAGCGGGAGCUGCUGGAGCGGGAGGAUCGGCGGCGAGCGCUGUCCCGGCCCCCGGCCCCGCGCCGCCCCCUGCCCGCGCCCCCCGCCCGCGCCCCCCCGAGCCCCCCCCGGCGGCGCCAGCUCUGCCGCGACCCCGCCGUGCACAACGCGCUCUACGCCGGGGACCUGCCCCGCGUCCAGAACAUCUUCAGGGACGAGGCCACGGCGAAUUUGGUGCUGGAGAUGGUCAGCGAGGAGCUGGUGUGGUCACCGGAGCAGGGGCUGUGGGUGCUGAGCCCCCGCCGCCAGCACACCUCGGCCCUGCGCAUCGCCGCCGCCCGCGGCUACGAGGACUGUGCGCGGCACCUGCUGCUGCGGGGGGCGGCCGUGGACGCGGUGGUGGGGGGCCGGGCCCCCCUGCACGACAGCGCGGCCGCCCCCCACCCCAACUGCGCCCGCCUGCUCCUGGCCUUCGGCGCCGACCCCAACGUGCUGAGCGCCGACGGCUCGGCCCCGCUGCACCUCUGCACGGCGCCGCACAGCCUCAGGUGUGCGGAGCUGCUGCUGGCGCACGGCGCGCAGGUGAACCUGGGCACGCGCGAGCGGCAGGUGACAGCGCUGCACGUGGCCGCGCGCCAGGGGCUGGUGGCCCACGUGGAGCUGUACCUGCACCACGGCGCCGACCCCUCCCGGCGCACCCGCCAGGGCGAGACCCCGCUGAACGCGGCGGCCGCCGCCGCCGAGCGCCCCGAGGACGCCGAGCGGUUCGUGCUGGUGGCCGAGCGGCUGCUGGCGGCCGGCGCCGAGCCCGGGGCCGCGGGGCGCAAGGGCCACACGCCGCUGCACAACGCCUGUGCCAACGGGCACCCCGCCAUGGCCCGGCUGCUGCUGCGCCACGGCGCCGACGCCACCGUCCCCAACGGCGCCGGCGACACCCCCAUGGACUGCGCCGUGCGCGCCGUGCCCGAGUACCGCCGGCAGCGGCCCGAGGAAACCAUCGCGCUGCUGCUCGACCACGGAGCGCCGCCCGCGCAGCCCAAGAUGCUCAGGCUGUGCUGCCAGCACCCGCCGGCGCUGGAGCUGAUGCUCAACGCCUACGACCGUGUGCCCCCCGCUGAAAGCUGGGUGGAGGCCGUGCCCCCCGAGCUGUGGGAGGAGCACCGGGAGUUCUACGCCUCCGCCGUGCUCAUGGCGGGGCGGCCGCGGCGGCUGCAGCACCUGGCGCGUGUGGCCAUCCGGCGGCACCUGGGCGCGCGCUGCCACAGCGCUGUCCCCAGGCUGGCACUGCCACCGCCCCUGCGCCGCUACCUGCAGCUGCCCAUCGAGGGGCUCAUCUCCUGAGGGCACCGCGUGUCCCCGCUGGUGUCCCCGCUGGUGUCCCCUCCGUGUCCGCUUGCUGCGUCCCCCCCGUGCCCUGGUGACAAUAAAGGACGUGGCAGAGGUG